UAGAAUCUGUCGCACUUAUUUCUGCUGAACUGUUUUACCAGGAUUUUCACGGAAAUUAGGUCACAGCAACUGGUAUUUGAUUGGAUGUUAGUUUCUGCUUAACUAUAAAUACACAGUGCAAAAAGCAAAAUAAAAACAGUAUCGUUUAAACUUUUAUUUUGAACAGAAUAACUUUACAGGAUUAUAACUUAUCUAGAUAAACGUUCUUCACGUGAAUAGGUUAACCUCAAAAAAGAAUAUAUAGUGUUUGGAUAUAUCAGUUAUCUUGAACGAAAUGGAGGAUCGGAUCUCCACAUUAUUGGCGAAGGCAUUUGAUGCGUUAAAAUGUGGCGACGACGCACAAGCAAAACAUUACACUUUGAAGGCAAACAUUGCCGCAGACGUUGAGAAGACUAAGUACGUUUAUGAUCAGGUAUCCGAAACUACAGAACAGAUUCUAGCAAGUCAAUACAGCUCAAUCUACUAUUUACUUGAAAAGGUAAACGAGAAUGUAGCGGCGGCCAGAUGCUUAUAUAAAGCAAUGUUGUUUGACCCCUACCUAAGUUCAGGGAAAUACAGACCAAGAAUAGAUGCAGUGUGGAAAAAGAUCUGUCAAACCAAGCAUGUUGAUAAUAUGACAGGACUACUUAUGGAUAUCGCUGAGUUGGCAAAACUUGCAACAGAUUUUAAGAAAUGGUCAGUAGCCUUGGAGAUUUACAAAGAUUUUUUCACUUACUACAGCAGCGUAAGGUCAUUGGAAACUAAAAAAUCAUUAAGAGGUUGCAAGCAGACGAAAAAACAUUCAGAUACGGAAAUAGGGAUGGAAGAGUUGCUAAAACACAAAGAAGUGGCGGAAGCAAUGAAAUGUUGUACAAGAUGCUAUUUAAAACUGGGUAUGCAUGAAAACCUCCGAAGAUCAUGCUGUUUGAUUCUUAAAGAGGCUUGCGAUUAUGAUGAUUCCGAAACGCUGGAACUCUGGGCACGUUCAUUGUAUGAAUCAAACGACCUUGAUCUUGCAUUUGAUAAAUGUAGGCUGGCAUUGAAGUAUUGCAAGAAUGAAGAAAAUACCAACCAGCUGAAAGAUUUGAUGUCAGAAAUACAAGGAAAAAUGAACGCUGUUCAAAUUUGUGUAACUGCACCGGUAGAAGACUGGUUGGAGGGCACGAAUAUUAACAUUACAAGAUCAUCUAAGGUACCGAAACAUUCAGAAAAGGGAAGGAAAAAGGGGGAAAAAAGAACAAAAACCAAAGACUGUCUGGGACCAUGCUCCUCUCUACAAUCGGAAAACAGUUCUUUAGGAGCGAUUGAAGAAGUUCAGUGUAGUUCGGAUCCAUCACCCAUAACGACAAAGCUAAUCUGUAAAACUAUAGAAAAGCUCAAAAAUGUCGAAGAAUAUACGGACCGUAGAAAAAGGUUUUUCGUAACCUUACGCACAGCGACACAGGAAACAUCUGGUUAUGAAUCCUAUGAAUCAGAUAAUGAGUCAGCUGACACAACUACUGCUCACAGUACUAAAUGUGGAAAAUACCAUACUGGUGAAAACCUUUGGUCAGACACUGAAGAAGACAAUGAACAGGACAGUUUUUCAUUCUAUGAACAGAGCUGCAAAUUGCACAGUAAUGAUCAUUCAGUCAUGAAUGAAUUAGAUAAAGAUCAGAAACUUUUACAAACUGGAAUACUGUUAUGCCAAUCAUUCCUGUAUCGUUUUGGGGACACUCCUGAUUUUAUCCGCACCCGGGCACCUUUCUAUACCGAAUUUCUUCAAAAGAGUGAGCUGGAACAAAUGCUUCUUCGAGAACCAAAGAAAUAUGUAAAAUGCGUAAUAGAACUUAAGCGAUGUCAUGAUGCAGUAUGUAUCCCGGUAAAUUCACAUGAUGAAACGAAUACAAUCGAAAUUUCUGGAAGGCAGAAGAUAGGACAGGUUUUUAAUGAGGACGAAGUUAUUGUCGAAAUAUUGAAUGAUACCAAUGCCGAAGGCAAAAGGUUUGGCAAAGUAGUCGGUAUUUGGAAUAGGCGGCAUAUGAAAAAUGUUAAACAUCCCGUUUUUAUAUGUACUUUAGACGUUAAGGAUGGAAGUGUGAGUGCUCAACCAUUGUGCAAGACUGUAUCCAAAGUUUCCCUUAUUGGAAUGGAAAUAGCAAGAAAGUACAACCAGAAGAAGUCAAGAAGAAAUAAAAUAGAAAUAUAUGAAUACAAUGAAACUGAAGGUCGUCUGUGCAAUGUAAGAAUUGAAGAUGUAAAUCCAGCUGAACAAAACUCCAGGAUACACCUAGUUGCUUAUAUCAAGUGGGGACUACGUGACAGGUAUCCCUUAGGUGCGAUAAUCAAAACAUUUCCAGUUGGAAAGAGCAUUUCGUCAGGAGUGAAUCUGCUGAAUCUCCAGCACCGCGUGCCAAAAUUUUACAGAAAGGAAACAGUAAAUCAAGUUGCAAGCCUGUUAGAACAUAAUAUUGAUGAACCUACUCCUUUAUUUCUUCAGGAUCGAAUAGAUUUGACAGGAAUGAGCGUUUUUACAAUAGACCCGGUCAAUUCCCAUGAUCUUGAUGACGCUUUGAGUUUUGAGAAACUAGAGACAGGAUAUAAGGUUGGGGUUCACAUUGCAGAUGUCAGUGCUUACAUAGAAAAAGAUUCACCGAUAGAUAGAGAGGCGAAACAAAGGGGGAAUACUUUUUAUUCCGAUAUUCAAAAUCCGAGGUAUAUGCUACCAGAACAUUUAAGUACACAUUUGUUCAGUCUUAUUCCAGAGAAAGUCAGAUUGACAAUUUCGGUGUUUUUCUAUAUCGACCGCAAUGGUCGACCAUUGCAGAUGGAGGGAAACAACUGUGAAAUAGUGAAAUCGUAUAUCCGUUCAAAGAGACGUCUUACGUAUGAAGAAGCCCAAGCAAUGAUUUCAGGAGAUCAGAGAGACGAUGACAAAAUAGCCAAAGAUGUUAAAGGACUUUUCAAGGUGGCGCAUAUGAUUCGAAAGAACAGACUUGGAAACUCGAUGUUAGCAAUGGAUUUAGAUUCGGAAGGAAACGAUAUAACUGAAGAAAGUAGAGAAGCACAUUACCUCGUUGAAGAGUUAAUGAUUAUGGCAAACAAAACGGUAGCUAAACGACUGCUAAGGUGGACCUGUAACAGUUGCGUUCCACUUCGCUGCCAUCAACCUCCUUCCAAAGAAUGUUUAGAGGACUUCGUCAGAAAAUAUGGAAACUACAUGAACAUUCCUUUCAGACUGCAGGAUAAACAAAUAGGUUCAAACAGAAUAAGUUUUAAAGAAUGUUUUGGUUCUGUAUCUCCGAUACUUAUUCCAAGUCUUGUCUGGGAGCAAAUAGCUUCCACGAAUGAAAACGCAGCAAAGUACAUUAGAACAGAUGACCUGCAUCCAAUACAACUUUCUGUAUAUCGUGAUUGGAUUUCUAUUCAAAAGCGUGCCAGCUACAGAUGCUCUGGUAGCCUUUCAAGUAAAAUUGAUGCUACGCAUUACAGCCUAGCGACGUACCCGUACAUUCAUUUCACAUCUCCAAUCAGAAGGUAUAACGAUUUAGUUGUCCAUCGUCUUGUACAUGCAUCAGUAUUCGACAAAACCAGCUCCCCGUACACACAAGAAGAGAUUGAAAAUAUAUGCGAACAUCUGAACUCUGUCACUAAACAAGUAAAUGCAUUCCAGAAGGACUGUAAAAUCCUGUCGCAGUUAUUUGACUUGAAGAACAACCCGAGAAUUGUUAACUGUUGCGUUACGGACGUUACAAACACAGGUGCUCACAUCUGCUCUGGGUCACUAAACUUGGACAUGGAACUUGCGUUUAAUCUACUUGAUAUUCGGAAAAAAACUGAUGUUUACAAAGACAGUUUUUCAAAGUUGUCCAGAGUAGACGCAACUUGGAAGAAACGAUUGUACAAUUUUGACGCGAUAGCAAAAGAUCAUCCCGGUAGUGUAUCAAAAUUGUGCAGAGUAAACGCAACUGGGAAGAAACGAUUGUACAAGUCUGACGCGAAAGCAAACGAUCAUCCAAGUACAGGUGAAGAACUGAAAUUGAACCCUUACAAAGGGUUUGUUACAAUAACGUUGGAUCAUUGGGCAAAGAUCUUACAGUGCAUAGUAGAAGGUCGUAUUGGUGAUUUAAGAAAACUUGUAAAGAACCAUGCACUGAUGAAGAAUAAUCACACAGGAACGCAUGAUGACGUAAGCACAGAAUGUACAAAUACGUCGUAUUUGCGUCAAAGCAUAGAGUUUUCAAUGAUGUUUUCGCAGGGACAGCAAAUUCAGUUGCAGAUGUCGUCAGAACUAGAGAAAGGAAAGAUCGUUCCAAAACCAGUCCUUUUAAACAUGACGGAAAACGUCAAGCUUUGUCUUCUACACCAAGAAAAUCCAGUUCUACAUCUCUGCCGCUAUGCUACUCGACCAACCAUUGACCAGUACAGAAGUACAAAAAGUUAUGUUGAAAGAUGGCUUCCAAUAAUCCUGAUGGAAUCAGCAACAAAUACAAUUUUAAAUGGAAAUACUUUCUGUAUCAACAAUCUUAAGGUCGAGUUUCUUGAUGAAAGGAAGGGUUCAUUUUCGCUUUCCUUGAAAGAAUGUGGGGUCAGAAAUAUUGUAUUUUCUGGUGGAGAGGACGUCAGUUCUGAUGGUCAAAAAGUACUGUCAUCUUACGACUGGCUUUGCUUGAAAAGAGUUUUGCAUACCAAUGUGGCAGAAAAGAGUAUUAGGCCUCGUCUAGGUAACGUUUGGAUCGGUCAUGCAGUUGUAAAUGACAUAAAGAAGGACAAAGGAGUGUUAACUGUUAUGUUCACUCUGCAUGAGAAGGCUCCAGAUUUGCCACCGCUAGCGUCAGCGAAUGAUAGAUUCAGUGUUGAAGUACUGACAAAACCAGCCUCUGACAGGCAAAACGAAGGUUUGAUCAAAUCACUACCACUUGUGCCUGAUAUAUUGGCUUCGAAAAUUGCUUUGAAUGAAGCUAUUCCAGACUUAGAUAGAAGUCGUAAACAUAUAGCUGCAUCUAUAGAACACGACAUGUAUUAUAGCACCGUUGAUCUUCCCAAAAACAACAAAAAACAACAAGAGGCUAUAGACAAUGCUCUGGUGUCUCGGUUCUCUCUGAUACAAGGACCACCCGGUACUGGCAAAACGCACUCAGGGAUAAAACUGAUAUAUCUUUUUGACAAAAUAAAUGACAUUUCCCAGAAAGAGGGGAACCCAAGAAAACGAGUGCUUUUUUGCGGACCAACUAACAAGAGUGUGGACCUCGUAGCAGACUGGAUGUAUCGUAGGUUGGGAAAAGCCUGCCCUCGUUUCGUUCGUGUAUACAGUCAAGCCAUAGAGACAGCAGAUUAUCCCAGACCCGGACUACCCUUCGAUUAUGAGAAAUAUAAGAUGCCGACAGGUCUUCGUCCUGUGACGCUUCAUCAUCUGAUCCGACAGGAAGGAAAGCCGUAUGCUGAAAAGAUAAAAGCCUUUGAUGAACAGUUCAAACUUUCGAAUUACAUGUUCAAGCCUGAACUAGGUAAAACAUGGGAAGAAUUUCACUCUGAAGUUCUUAAAUAUAUCCAAGUACUCAAGACAGCUUCGGCAGAAGAAAUUCGAGAACAUGACGUCAUUUUGUGUACAACUGCCGUAGGAUCAAACACUAACGUUAUAAACAGAAAUAUUGUGCAACAGAUUAUUAUCGAUGAAGCGGGUAUGUGUUCAGAGCCACAAUGUCUUGCACCAAUAAUUGCCUCGGAAGCCAAGCAAGUUGUACUGAUCGGCGACCAUAAACAGCUGAGACCAACUGUCAUAUGUAAGGAAGCAGCAUCGCUUGGGCUAGACAAAUCACUGUUUGAGAGAUAUGCAGAAACUAAAUGCGCAAGAAAUGUACAAAUUACGAUGUUACAAGAACAGUACCGAAUGAACCCACAGUUGUGUAGAUUUCCAUCAGAACAGUUUUACAACGGGUUACUUGUUACGAAAACUGGGCGAUGGUGCACCGGUGGUGAUAUUUGGCCGAAGGGUGCGAGAGAAAAAUAUCCUUUCGUAUUUGUUCAUGUUGAAGGAAAAGAGAAAAGAGAAAAGAGAACACUCGCGAUCUCUACAGAAGAUGGUCAUGAACAAUCAAAGAGUAAUGAAGCUGAAAUUGACCAUGUGUUGAAGGUUUAUUCUUACAUCACUGAAGUUCAGCCAAAGGCAACUGUAAGAAUUGUGUCCCAAUAUAAUGCUCAGUGUUCGGAGAUCAAACGCAGAUUGAGAAUAAACCAGGUGUCGGAUGAAAACGUGUCAACAGUAGUUUCAAGUCAAGGCGGAGAAUGGGAUUAUGUGAUAUUUAGUACUGUUAGAUCCCUUCCAAGGUACAAAAUUGAAAGCAGCCCAACAAUCGGAUGGUGCAGACAAAACUUAGGAUUCAUCACUGAUCAAAACCAGAUAAAUGUCGCCCUCACCAGAGCUCGGAAAGGUCUUAUGAUUAUAGGAAACAAAGACUUACUGAUCUGUGAUAGAGUAUGGAAAGACCUUAUAGAUCUAUAUCAAGAGCGAGAUUGUGUCAAAACCGUUGAUGAUUUCCCUCCACGUUUAAGGUUAAGAAAGUCUCGAAAUGGCAAUACAUCGAAGCAAAAAUUUCAAAUUAAAAACAUUGAACACCGGAGCUCUGCGCAGCAGACAGGAAGCACUACGACAGAGCGUGUUGAAGAAGGCUGGCAAAAGGUGCAGAAAAAGAAAAGACGUUGAAAUAUAGACAAUUAAUGAACUUACAAAAAGAUAUUUUAAUACAGUUGUUUCUGUUUAAACACGCUCACGCUAAAAUGACGUCUUGUUAAUGAGCGAUUACGUCAAUAUUUUUGUUGCGACCAAGAAAGAGCGCUUCUAUAUUUUAUCUUCUGUUUCAGAUAAAGGGCAUGAUAUAUGACUCGAUAUAAUAACGCAUAGCAAAGUCGCUUUUAAAUUAAAGUAAUACACUCAAAAUCGGUUAUACGUCACCAGAAUAAUUCACUCGGGCUAUGUCCUCGUGAAAUUAUUCCGCUCACGUAUAACCUCAUUUUUGUACAUUGUUAACGUAAAAACACGAUUUUUCUAUACAUUAUUUUUUAAAUAACGCAUUGAACGGAGUAAGAACGAACGGUGUAGUUUGCUAAAAAUUUAGAUGCGUGUACGUAGACUACGUCUUAUAUGCGGACCAGUUUCAUAUAUGGAUCAAGUUUAAAUGCAACUUUUAUCACUAUCUGUGUUGUUUUUAUAAUCAUACGAUAUUUAUCUCUUAUGUAUUCUUUUCAUUUUGUACAUUUUGUUUUAUAUUUAGUUGAUACCUAAAUGAAUUCAUUUGGUCAUUUUUUUUGCUAUACAUUAGACAUUUAUUACAAAACAUUUUAUUACUUUUAUUAUUAAUGUGCAAUAUUUAAGAAUGAACAGUGCAAUUAUAUUGAAAAUUUAGAAUAUGAUAUAUAUGCGAGGACAGUUGUUUUAGCGCUUUUCAGAUAAGAUAUUGAUCUCUUUCUUUGAAUAUUUGUUAUAUUAUUGUACAUUGAGAAUAGUUUGCUUACUUUUAAUUUUAUUUUUAUAUUAAGGUGAAAUAUUUUUAUAACUUUUAGGCUAAGAUUAUAAUAAAACAUGU